AAGGUCCAAGAUUGGUCUGAAACCUCACGUCAGUCACAUGGAAAUGGCGUAAUUGUAAUCUCAGUGGAAUCGAUCAUAAUCGAUUACGUCGUCUCAACUCUAAUCAAAUCGUCUACCGAGUUUCUUGACUUUAUUUUGAAAUGGGAAAAAAAUGAAUGAAGAUAACGACAGCGUUAUUUGGGCUCCAAAUAUCUGUUUUGGAGCCCUCCUAAAUCAAACUCAGAGACAUCUAGGAAAAUCAAAAUUUGCAUGAUUCUGGAGGUGGGUCUCUCACAUUAGGCUGAUUCGCAUCUGGGUAUGGGCUUAAAUCGUCCAAAUUUAGCCAUGGAUAAUGCCAUGUACUCAGAGGAAUUGGCUGUUGCCGUUAGAGUUGUUCAUAUGGCGUGUUGUUUGUGCCAGAGAGUGCAGGAUGGGUUGGUUGGGACGAGCAGUGAGCAGGUGAAGUCCAAGGAUGAUGAUUCACCUGUUACAGUUGCAGAUUGGAGUGUGCAAGCAACUGUUAGCUGGAUAUUGGCGGAAGUGUUUGGAAGUCAAAAUGUGUCCAUUGUUGCAGAAGAAGAGAUCCAAACUCUUUCCAAACCUGAUUCAGCCGAUUUAUUGGAAGCGGUGGUGAACACAGUUAAUGAAUGCUUAUCUGAAGCACCUAAGUUUGGUCUCAAAUGCCCAGAUAAAGCCCUCAGGACAUCACAAGUUCUUGAUGCCAUCAGCCGAUGCAACUCAACUGGAGGGCCCAAGGGAAGGCAUUGGAUACUUGACCCUGUUGAUGGAACAUUAGGGUUUGUACGAGGGGAUCAGUAUGCUGUAGCUCUAGCCUUGAUUGAGGAUGGAAAGGUUGUCAUUGGAGUUCUUGGUUGCCCUAAUUACCCAAUGAACAAGGAAUGGCUAAAUUACCACAAUAAAUUCUACCAAGCUAUGUCAAAACAGUCCCCACCCGCUUCUGAUUCAUGGGAGAAGGGAUGUGUUAUGUAUGCAAGGAGAGGAAGUGGUGAAGCAUGGAUGCAGCCAAUGGUCCUGGGAGAUCAGAAGCUUGAGUGGCCAAACUCUGCAAGAUUGAUUAAAGUUUCUUCCAUUGACAAUCCAGCAAUGGCUACUUUUUGUGAACCGGUGGAGAAGGCAAAUUCAAACCACUCCUUCACAAAGGGACUUGUUCACAGUGUUGGGCUUAGAAAGCAGCCUUUGCGCGUCUAUAGCAUGGUGAAGUAUGCAGCCAUAGCCCGGGGAGAUGCUGAGAUUUUUAUGAAGUUUGCAAGAGCUGGAUACAAGGAGAAGAUAUGGGAUCAUGCUGCUGGUGUCCUCAUUGUAGAAGAGGCUGGUGGUGUGGUAACUGAUGCUGGAGGGCGUCCACUGGACUUCUCGAGGGGAAUAUACCUAGAAGGUCUUGAUCGGGGCAUCAUUGUUUGCUCUGGUGCUGCACUGCAUGAGAAAAUCAUUGGUGCUGUUUAUGCUAGCUGGGACUCUUCCAAUCUUUGAGGCCUUUGGUACUUGGCCAAUACAUCAAUGCAGCCAUAUUUUGAUACUUUUGAUAGGAUUUUGGUCAAAGAAGUGAUAUAGUUAUGCAAGAAGACUUGGUUGGCUAUAGUCUACGGCUUGAAUUGUCUGAAAAUUUUGCUUAUAAAUAAUUGGCCACAAUUCAUGCUAGAAUUUGAAAAUGGAAAGGACAGAUGAGAAGACAUUAGACAGUGUUCAUUCAUAUGAUUUUGAUAAUGCUCCAUACAAUUCUCAGGAGUUGAGUUGAGGAGAAAUAAAAGAGGUAUUUUGCUUUUUUCCUUCCUACCUCAUUGAAGAGCAUGAUUUUUAGUUCAAUUGCUCUGUUCUUCAUCACUGGUAUGUUGAGGUGUAGGAUUUAUACUCAUAAAUCAAUCCCAGACUGUAAUUCAUAUCUGGUGCUGAAAUUAAGGCUGCAACUGGAGGAAUAUAUUGAGUUCAUAAUCAUCUGAGGGAGAGCUUUAAUCAAGUUGAACAUGCUUUGAUUAAGAAUAUUGUGUUUAAAAAAUAGUAAAAAUUGUUAUUAAAGCAUGAAAUUUUAAAA